AUGGGGGACCAAGACCAAGUGCAUAGACCCCUCCCUGUCAUUAUCGUUGGCGCGGGCGUUAGCGGCCUGCUGCUGGCGCAGUACCUACGCAAGACAAACGUUCCCUUCUGCGUUUACGAGCGUGAUACGGACCUCACCACCCGCGGCGUUGGCUGGGGUUUGACUCUUCACUGGUCGCUGCCGGCGCUGCGCUCCCUGUUGCCUGAUGACCUGGUGGCUAGGCUGCCAGAGGCCUACGUGGAUCGCGCUGCCGUUGCGAGGGGAGAAGCCUCAGCAUUUCCAUUCUUCGAUCUCAGCACUGGCGAUCUGAAGGGAGCAAGCCCACGAACGCCGGAGAGUUUGAGGAUCAGGGUUACGAGAGAAAGAUUGCGUCGGUUAGUUGCGACAGACGUCAAUAUUCAGUGGGGAAAAGGCUUCACAAAGUACGAGGAAAACCAAGACUCUGUCGUAGUGUUUUUCGAGGACGGCUCAUCGGUGACCGGCUGUAUGCUUGUCGCAUGCGAUGGAGGCCCAUCCCGUGUCCGGCGCCAGUUGUUUCCGGACCAGCACGACAGACACCGAAUUCCGGUACGGAUGCUCGGCCUGAAGGUGCUCCUGUCGCCUGAUCAGAUGGCACCAAUUCGAAGGCUAGACCCCUUCUUCAUGCAAGGUGCGUCAUCUCGCAGCGACACAUUUCUCUAUCUUAGCAUACUUGAUGCCCCCGGUAACCACGAUGAGAGCAUGGACAAGUACAGCUGCCAAAUGUGUAUUUCGUGGCCGGACCGCCCGGGGUUCUUGGGCAAACCGGAACCAACGCACUACCCACAGACGAUUGUCGGCAAGAUCGCGCUUAUCAAGUCGUUUGCCGAAGGAUGGUCGGAGCCGUUCCGUGGGCUUGCACUCGGCAUUCCUACUGACACCGACGUGAAACACCUGGACCUCUACGACUACCCUCCCCCGAAGGGAAUGAGGUCCAAAGGGAGGGUGUUGCUGAUGGGCGACGCCUUCCAUGCCAUGGCGAUGUACAGAGGUGAGGGCGCAAAUCACGCCAUCAUUGAUGUUCUGGAUUUCGCGAAAAACGUGGUGCCCAAGCUGGACGCUAGCUUCACGGAGCUGCGAGCCGGUAUGGACGUCUACGAGGAUCAUGUCGUUGCCAGAGCCCGACCUGGCGUGCUGGCUUCGCGACGGGCUUGCAUGGAUGCGCACGAUUGGCCCAAGAUAAGCCCUACCAGCCCCCUGCUCAGCAAGCGGGAGAUGAUGCUUCAAUUUGAUGAGGAGUAA